CGGCCAUGUCGAAGAGCGUUCUCUUCUCCAAAGGAUUUGGCGGUUGGGGGGGAGUCGUCUUCGUCGCAAGAUCUUCUCCCUAAUCUUUGAACCGAUCCUCGCAGCCUCUCUUUCUCGACUUAUAUCGCCGGUACACUUGUCUGGGAUGGCGCGUAUUUAUGUUGGCAAUCUGGACCCCAGAACGACUGCUAGGGAACUUGAAGACAAGUUUGGGGUAUUCGGGGUUCUAAGAAGUGUUUGGGUUGCUAGAAAACCUCCAGGCUUUGCUUUCAUUGAUUUUGAUGAUCGGAGAGAUGCUCAGGAUGCAAUUCGUGAUCUAGAUGGCAAAAAUGGAUGGAGAGUAGAAUUGUCUCGUAACUCAAGUAGCCGUGGUCGUGAUCGUCAUGGAGGAUCAGAUAUGAAGUGUUAUGAGUGUGGAGAGGCUGGUCAUUUUGCCCGUGAAUGUCGUUUGCGAAUUGGUCCAGGAGGAUUAGGCAGUGGAAGGCGCCGGAGCCGGAGUCGGAGUCGCAGCAGAAGUCCUAGAUACCGCCGGAGCCCUAGUUAUGGUCGAAGGAGUUAUAGUCCUCGUGACCGCUCUCCAAGAAAACGCAGCCCUUCCCCUCCUCGUCGACGCAGUUAUAGCAAGUCACCUCCUUUUGACCAUCGUCGUUCUGAAUCACCACAUCCCAAUGGAUCUGAACGACGCAGCAGGAGCUAAGUACUAUUCGGCAGACUGGAAGUGUCUUCAAGCUGUAGCUUUUGGGGGGUUUGUUAAACUGAAUUUCAUCUGUUUGAUCUACAUUCAGCAUCAUGGAUUGGUUAAGUCUCUUUGAACUUUCCAUAUGCAUGUCGUUUAUUAGCAUGAUGAAACUUAUGGUAAUUAGAUAGAAAAUAGCCAAUGAUGUUCAUUAGUAUGGUAAAUUGUAUUCCGACUAAACUGUAUACAUUGUUUUUCUUUUUUUGUCGAGGAGGCAUCAUCGACUGCCCAUCUUCAUCAUUCCUUGCAUUUAUGGCUCUACUGCACACGGCUUGCCCGUCUUGGACAUUCCUUGCUUUUAUGGUUCUACUACUUCAUGUGGUUUUGUCCUUCGCACGCUAACACCAUCUUCAACAAUUUGAGAAUCUUCCUUCGUCUACGUGCUUCUCCAUACUUGAUAUUCUUCAUCAUUGAUGCUGCAAUAAUGCGUCGUUAUAAAUGUGAAGUCCAAGGAGAUACUUACUAUUCGAGCCUCCUGUUAGUGGUCAGUGUCUACUUCACAACUUUGGAAGGUCUGAUAAAACUUAAAUCUUAUGUAUUCCUAGGAGAUGGAAUAAGAUAAAAGAAUAAAAAUAGAAAUAAGUCUUUUUAGUCUGAUUCA